CCGUCGCGCAGUGCGCAGAUAAGAGGUCGCGCGUGCGCAAGCGCUCGUCCCAGCGGCUGCCGGAAGCCAAGAUGGCGCGUAUGUGGUCUCCAGGUCGUAGUUGGCGCCUUAUCAGUAUCUGAACUAAGUAGUUUGGAAGCCGCUGUGGCAAGCAGCGCCUCUCUGCCGUCAUGGCCCGGCAUCGGAAUGUCCGAGGCUAUAACUACGAUGAAGAUUUUGAGGAUGAUGAUUUCUAUGGCCAGUCUGUAGAGGAUGAUUAUUGUAUUUCGCCAUCAACAGCUGCUCAGUUUAUUUAUUCACAACGUGACAAACCUUCAGUUGUUGAGCCUGUGGAAGAGUGUUAUUAUGAUGAUCUGAAAGAUUCCUCUAAUUCUCUUUCACACCAACAGCUAAGUGGAAUUGAUCAAGCUCGUCUUUAUUCCUGUCUUGAUCACAUGAGAGAGGUGCUGGGGGAUGCUGUGCCUGAUGAAAUACUGAUUGAAGCAGUUCUGAAGAACAAGUUCGAUGUGCAGAAGGCUUUGUCAUUUGUUCUGGAACAAGAUAAUGUGCAGAAUUUGAAGGACAAGAGUGGGAGAGUAAUGUCUACAGGAAAGAUACCAAAAGGAGUCUUAUUUUCUUCCUCUGAAGCUUUAGCUGAUAAUAUUCAGAGUUCUUAUUCCCAAUCAGAAAGUCAUUUGGAUUGCACUACCAAAUCCUUUGACUUUUCUAGCUCAGUAGCAAAAAACGGAUCUUACAAUUCUUCAGUUGUACCAAGUCAAUAUUUACUUCAUAGGAAAAAGAAACUUGACAGACCUAAAAGUGAAAAGGAACUAAAAUUAUGUAAGUUAUCAAAAGAGCUUUCAUUAGCUGACCUAAUUCAUGAUAUGCCAAGAGACACUUGUAAAAGUCAUCCACCAGUAAGACUAUCAUCCGCAGAUAGUUUGGAAAGCAUGCUUUCAAAGAAUGUAGAUGCUGAUUUGUUAAGAUCUCAUGCAUCUGAAUGUGUUUCCAAAGACAAUUGUGUUUUCAAAGGAAUACCAGAUUUAAAAUCUUUAAUGAUAGAGAGCACAACAGACAGUAAUUUAUUUAUUCAAAACAGUUCACUACCUGAUUUCCAGAACAUUCCAACACAAAACAACGUGAGAAGUUUGAACAGUCCUUUGCACUUACCUAGUUCAUUGGAAAAUACAACUCUUGAUAAUUUAAACCCUAGUAAAAAUACUGAUGUUGGAAAUGUUUCUUUAGUUGAACGAAGUGCCAAGAACUACAUUUUAAAAAAUGACAAUUUGCAGUUUUCGCACUGUGAAAGUCCAUCCCUAGUUGAACUGUUUCAGGAGCAUAAAGGAAGUGAUCCAAGCCAGUGCUUCAGUUUAUCUGAUCUGUGUAAUCAGUCUUCUGCCAGUUUCAGAGAUCUAAGUUUGGGAUCCUUUCCCCUGUCACAGUUAGCAAGUCGUUGUCAGUCUUCUACUGGAAUAUCAGAAUUAACAGGAUCUCUAUCAGCUUUGGCAUUUCAUAAAGCUUCUCCUACAAGAGAUCUUGAGAAUUUGUCCCUUUCUGAUUUGAUUGCAGAAACCAUUGAUGUAGACAGUGCUCAGAUUAAGAAAGAUUCCUUUGAGCCCAGUUUAUCUGAAAUGAGGUCUUCUGGAAUAGAUUCAAAUAUUGAUCUUAGUGUCCUGAUAAAAACUCCAGAUUUUGUGACAAAGCCUAGAGUUGAGCAAUCGGUUGCUCCAACAUCAGGAACUAAAGUUCUGAGUUCAAAGUUAGGGAAAAAUUUCAGUUCUUUCAAGGAUAAUAAGAAAAACAGUAAAAGUUCUCUGACUAGGACACCACCCUUUUCUGUCUCGUGGACCAAGGCCCUUGCUGCUAGACCUUCUGCUUUUGCUUCGACACUGUGUCUUCGUUACCCGCUGAAAAGCUGCAAGCGGCGCACCCUUGACCUCUAUAAGACUUUUCUUUACAGUAGACAAGUUCAAGAUGUAAAGGACAAAGAAAUAAGCCCUCUUGUAGCAAUAACACCAUUUGACUUCAAGUCAGCCUCUCCUGAUGACAUUGUGAAAGCUAAUCAAAAGAAAGCAUUUACUAGAGAAUAGUAACAAAAGGAAAAGCUGGUUAUUGUUGUAGAGCUUUUUAUUUUAAACUAAUUUAAAGUCUUUGCAGGAUCACUUUAUAUUAUGGGAUUCAAAUUGUGGUUUUUACUAAAAUUGUCUUAAGUCAGUUGAAAGCAACUUAAGUCGAUAUGGAUUUUUGCACUGAAAAUUUUUUACUAUGUCUUCUUUUAGUGAUAACUGGUUUUAUUUGUGUUAAUAGCCUGUAAUGAGUGUAUGUUUACAAAGCGCAUAUGGCAACUUGAUAUUGUGAAGUUGAACCUCAGAUAUUUUUGUUUGGCAUUCAACUUUAUAAGUUUUUAUGAGAUAUUUUCUUCUACAAAGUAUUUUUGUGCUUUUUUCCCUUAAAAAUGCCACCAGCUGGGAUUAUUAUAGUGUAAAGAUUAUUCUUAUAAUAUGUGGCAAAGCAAAGCUGAGACAUAAUUAUAUUUUAAAAUGUUCUUGGUAUACUUUCCAAUGUCAUUACUUUUCUGUAGGUGAAUUCUAAAACUUUUCUAUUAGAAAAUCUUAAAAUUCCUAACAUUUGAGAGUACUAUGGUUAUGGUUGAAAUAUAUUUCUAAUGAUAAUAAAAUGAAAAUCUUUUAAGGGACCAUGUAAAUAUGAAGUUGGAAUAAUACAUAAACUAUUUUUAUACAUUUUCAAAAUCAUUUGUGAUAAAAAUAAAUAUACUUUAAAAAUAAAUACAGGAUGUUUUCAAGUAUGAUUGCAUGUUCUUUGAAUAGACAGUUUUUAUCAGAUCUCUGAAACUUUUUCUUUACAAUAAAUAGCAAAAUACGGAAUUUUCAUUUUUUGCUACUGAUGGCUGUGUGUUCUACAAUGAGCAAGUUUUAUUAAUGGCUCUUUUGGUCCAUAGAAUAAGUAUAUAAAUCAUCCCUUAUAGCGGUGAUCCUGAAUCAGAGUAACUGGGGGAUAUUUUUAAAGUACCAGUGCUAUCUUUGCUCCAGACCUGCUGAAUCAAUCUCUUCUGGGUGGUGUGCUUUCAGGAUGAUCCCUUGAUGAUUCUGACAUCUACUUCUUGAGAAGGAAAUCAAUAGAAUGGAAUUAUUAAGGCUAAAAGUACCUGACCACCUGGAUUUCUAGAUAUCAAGAAAAUUACUUAUUGGGAGAAACGGUCUUUGGCAUAAAAUAAUGCUGAUUUUAUUUGUUUUCUUUUUUUUUUUCCCGAAAACAAAUGGUAUGGGGAUUGAACCCUGGCUGCUGGCCUGUCAGGCAUGCACCUGACAAAAAUUUGCCCUGUUGACUAAGGGGAUGUCACUUUUUGAGAUUC